GCAGCGGCCACAUCCACGGCAGACAAAUCCGUGCUCAGUGACGUGUCCUGUAUUAGCCUUUUUUUUUUUUGUAAUGCAUGUUCAACCCUUUCCCAUCAGAGUCUAGUUAAAAUUGCUGCAAAUCUCCCUUGGGUGCUUCUUGUUUCCAUCAUUUCUUGCUACAAUCCUUUAAAAAAAUAUAUAAAUAUAUAUAUUUUUUGCCUCGAUUAUUUAUCUUCUCCACAGUCCACCCCCCUCAUCUUCUUCUUUACCCCCUCAGUUCCCAUCUUCUGAGGAGUUCAACGAUGCUGUGAAUUUUUUUCUUUUUAAAGGAACUGAAGAGCAUUCGUAAUGGGAUCAAGGGUGUGGAAUUCACGGUAUUCAUCAGGUUGGGCAGCAGACAGAGAAGCAGUGACCAUGGGUUUUCUGUUGCAAGUUUUCUGCUAACAGGACGGACAUACUGGGGUAACUGUCCACCACCCCCACAAGCUUCACUUUCUCCAGCAAAGAAAGAAAAAGGAAAAAAGGGACUGGGGUAAAAGUGAGAGAGACAAAAAAGGAAAAACAAGCGCAAGAAGGAGAGAGGGGAGCAGGUGAAAACAGUCGAUGGAUGCUGUCCGGAUCGAAGGGGCAGCAAGUUCUUCACUGACGAGGAAAAAAAAGAUUUCAAAAUUGAGUCGAAGGAUAGAAACUCGCCGUCAGGCAUGGUGUGUGAGAAGGGGAUCCAGAUCCUUCUCACCAGCGUGGGGGCAUUUGCUGCCUUCGGCCUGAUGACGGUGGCCAUAGGGACGGACUACUGGCUGUAUUCCCGUGCCCUGAUCUGCAACAGCACAGCCAACGUCACCCAGGACGAUCCCCACAACAAGGACAAAAAAGACCCUGGGGCACUCACCCACUCGGGGCUGUGGAGAAUAUGCUGCCUGGAAGGAGUGAAGAGAGGAGUGUGUUCUCAGAUUAAUCAUUUCCCAGAGGAUGCAGACUUUGACCAUGAUGGAGCAGAGUACGUCCUACGGGUGGUCAGGGCUUCUAACAUCUUCCCAAUCCUUAGUGCCAUCCUGCUGCUGAUGGGUGGGGUUUGCAUUGCUGCUAGUCGUUUCUAUAAAAGCAAAAGGAACAUCAUCCUUGGGGCAGGAAUUCUCUUUGUAGCUGCAGGCCUGAGUAACAUAAUUGGUGUUAUCGUCUACAUUUCGGCUGCACUAGGAGACAUCUCACCUAAGAAAGAUGAAGAUAAGAAAUGGCAGUAUUCCUAUGGGUGGUCUUUUUACUUUGGAGGCCUGUCCUUCAUCAUGGCCGAGAUGGUUGGGGUGCUGGCCGUCAACAUCUACAUCGAGAAAAACAAAGAGCUCCGCUGCCGCUCUCGCACUGACAUCUUUAAAACCACGACGCAUGCCAUGCUUCGCCUGCCCAGCUACCGCUUCCGCCGUCGUUCCCGCUCCUCCUCACGCUCCACUGACCCGUCCCGCUCCCGAGACCCUUCACCCGUCGGGGUAGGCGGAGGGAAAAACUUUGGCCUACCCCCCUCUGCACUGCUCUCCCAGGGCCCCAUUUCAGUUUCUACUCUGCCCAACCCGCAUUCUCGUUCGCACACGGCACUGGCUGGAGGAGACAUCUCCCUCUACACGCUGUCUCGCGACCCCAAACUGGCGGGUCUGCCACCCAUGUAUGGCACUGUGGACAGGGCCACACUCUACCAGCUCCACAACUGCUUCCCAAAGGACGGAGGUGGAGGAGGGGGAGUCAUGAUGAGCGGCACGCUGCCUUUACUCAAGUCACAUAACCCUUCCAACACUUCCAACUCCAAUGCACCGAUGGCUAACUCUGUGGCUCCUCCACCAUUCACAUCAUCCACAGUAGACAGGGAGCGAGGGAUGGGGACUCUGGACAGGCUGAAGGGAGACAGGGAGAGCAACUCUAACACUCUUAAUAGGAAGACAACACCUGUGUAGAGGGAGGUGAGAAAAAAGGCAGGAUAAUGAAAGAGGGAACAUAAAAAAAUAGGACAGCAGUUAACUCUCCUCCCUGUUCACUGUUCAUUUAGUCAACUCAAUUUCACUGAGAACAAAAAAAGAAGAGUAAUAACAGAACGAUAAUAACAACAACAAUGAACUUUCACAAAAUAAACUAUUUUGAUAUUUCAAUGCGCUAGAAAUGAUUUAUUUUAUUAAUGAUCAAAUGCAAUUAACCUUGGGCUACUAUGAAAACCUUUCACCUAAUUUCUGUGCAAUAGGACUGCUAAUUUAACCAGAGCAUCUUUAAUGUAAAUUGUUGUUGUGAUUAUUCUUGGCGUUAUUACAGGUUAGCUGUAUUUGCAAGCACUAGUUUGGAAUGAAUUGUUAAUUUUAAAGGUGUUGUUUUUUUCCACUUUAGGUUUUUUAGAUCUCUAUGACUUUUACUGUGAAUUCUUCCAUGCAGAGCCACUGAGAACCGACAGUGAGCUGUGUGUAGCGGUGUGUUAAAGAAUAAGUGUGCAAAAAAUAUUGGUGAAUGAGAGCCUGUUUUAUUUUUUUUAACUCCCAUAAUCUAGAGUUUUCCUUUUUAAAAAUAAGUCAGAUGUGUAUACUGUAAAUUGUCUUCCAAACACUGAUGCUAAAAGAAAUGCAACAACAACAUGAGCGACUGAAGCAGCCGGCAAACUUCAUUGUUAGUGCGGGCUCUGGUUUUCUAUGGGCCUCUGUUUGUCUUAUUCCCAUUCUAAUCAGUGUUAGCAGAUAGUACUUGUAGCUUUAUUGUGUUGAAGAUGUUUGUUCUUGGGCAUUAACAGAAACCCUUCAUUGGAGUGGAAAAAAAAAAAAGCAAAAUAACAUGUUUGUACAGAAUUAGGUAAAAAUCGCUUCCUGAAAAAAAAACAAAAAAAAACAACAAAGAAUCCAUUCAUUUUUUUGUAUUAAAAAAAGUCCCAAAGCGACACAUGCAAAUAAUCAUUUUCAGUUGCAAAACAAAAAAAAAAACACUUAUAUGUGAGUUGAAAAGGGUUUAAACACAGAAUAUCAAGGAAACAUUUUUAAAAAACUACAUGUACAUUGUACAUGUACAUUGUAAUUUAUGCAUAUUUGAUCCAUGUUGGCUGAGCACCAGCCAGGCCCUCUAACCUGUCCAUAUUUGAUCCAUUUUUUUUUCUUCUACCUAAUCACAUCUCCAAUAACAGUUUCUUCACAGAGACAACCCCCCAAACCUCCCCAAAGAAUAUUUUCACUGUGCUUCCCGUGUAACUGCCACUUCCUGAGUGUGAACUGUGGAUGAGAAUGUAAACACGUGAACUCCUCCACCCUCCUGCCGCUCUGCUAAACUGUCGGAGUAACCACAGAUCCAGGUGGAAACCUGAGAUACAUCUGCUACAUGAUGAAAUAUAGAAACUAAACAAUAACCAGAUGCUUCCAGAUUCUAUAUGUUUUAUUUUUUUGAUUUCAUUUCAGAAAAAUAAGAAAAAUCUGUCAAAACUGCGCACAGAUAGCAUUUAUGUGGGCAAUAUGAACAGUAUGUAGUUGAGAAUAGAAUAUAUUUAGAAAAAAGAUUAUGGUUUAUCUAAAUGUGUGAUAAACUCAAACACUGUAUUGCACGAAGUUUAUAAAAAAACAAUAACAGACAUGUUCACAGA